GUCCUCGAACGAGGGAUGAGAUACGAGGAUAUUCUUGAUGAUAUCUGGAGCGAAGGACUCCUUGUCGACUCUCCCCAAACCAGUGUGGAGAGCCCGGCUGGUUCCGGCCGCCGAGGACGCGCCACACCCAAUGCCCGAACUCAAGGCCGCAUAUCCUUACCAGUAUAACUUCAUGACGCUGACCCAUCAUGCAGUGAGUGAUGGCUUUACGGUCGCCUUCCUCUGCCAGCUCUUCCUCGACCUGCUGAACGCAGUGAUCGACGGGCAAACGAUUGACGAUAAACCCUUCGGGGUGUUUGUGUCAAAUGAAGACAUCGCCCGACAGGACAGGGCGAUUCAGGAGCAAUUGCGAAACGACCAGAAACGCUUCGAGACUCUGAAAGCCGAAGUACUGAACUCCAACAAGGAGCCGGUUCUCUUCAAAGCCUUUCCCCGACCGAGCGUCGACAAGCCCUCCUCCCGUCAGGUAACGAACUGCAUCGACGCCGAAAUCCACAAGAGAAUCACCGAAAAGAGCAAGCAGGCCGGCGUUUCCUUCGGCACAGCCUUGCAAGCCUCGAUCAACAUUGCAAUAGUCGAGAUGGUGAGAGACGCAGGAGUGGACGACGAAUACCACGACAUCAGCGUGAACGUCGCAGCAGACCUUCGCAGAUACAUGAGGCGAGCGCCCGCGCCCGUGCUGGGUCUCCACGCCCGCACGAUGGCGCACCUCACACGUACGCACAAGAAUACGCGCGACUGCUUCUGGGACUACGCCAGGGACCUCCACCAGAAGCUCGGAGCUCAGAUCAAGUCGGGCGGAAUCAUGCAGCAGGAGGUCGUACGUCAGAUGGUCAUGCCGCAGAUCCAUCCUAAGGAUUAUUACGCAGGGUCUCCUGAAAUUAUUAGAGAUUAUGGCUUCAAUAACAUCGGUGAUUUGACCAGGGUGAUUCCCGGAGAAGGAAAACACGUUCAGAUGACCGACCUGUUGCAGUACUCUCAAGUUGCCAAGUUCAUAUACCCAAUGCUACACCAGCUGUUCACUUUCCGCGGAUCUUGCAAAUAUAUCAUCAGUUAUGCAACUGACUGCUUAUCUGAGGAAACAGCCCAGAUGACAUCUGCCAAAGUUAUGGAAAUCCUGCAACACAUCAGCAAGUAAUUGAGCUACAAAGAGCCUUUUCUGUUUUCUGUCACCGGUGUCUCCACGAAAGCGCGGUGAUUAACAAUUACCAACGAAUCUCCAGAUUGCUAGAAAUAGCUUUACACAUACUUGGUGCUUAAUUGUUAUUAAAUGAUGUUAAUGAGUCGAUAGGGUGGAUCAAAUUUAUUAUACUACUAGAAUGUAGUCUUAGGUUAAGUUAUUUUGACAACUGAAGAAAUGCUCUUAAAGGGCUUCAUGAUAUACUAUUUUUAUACGGGGUUUAUACACAUUUCCAUUGAUCCUAGAAAAAAAAGGUCAGAUUAAAUGUAAAUGAAAAUUAUUGGUUAUAUAGUGGUAUCGAAAAGUAUGUAUUAUUCCCAAAACAAAUUAAGGAUCAUGUAAAUUAAGGACAGUUAUAGAUGCUAGUCAUAUAUGAAACUGUAUGUUUUUACUAUUGUCGGGGAUUUCAUUAAAAUAUUCAAGAAUUCAUAUUCAACACUGAUAUAUUAAGAAGGACGUACGAUCUAAUCGUGAUAUACUUGUAUUGAUAUCUAGAUUAAUGUCAAAACAUAUCUAAAACUUCUUUUAAAAAUGACAAAGCGUUUCAGCUGCAUUUCACUGACAACUGAUACGAAGUGAUUCAGCUUCAUGUGUAUGUACAUGUUCUGUGCAAAUAAAGAAUAAAUAUCAAU